AUGGAGAGCUUCGACAACAUCUAUCUCGACCUCUCGAAGCAGCAUGGAAAAUGCAAGCUGGCGGAAUCUGGCUUAGGAUGGAAGCCUUCCGGAGGAGGCGAAACGUUCACUCUUGACAGCAGCAACAUCGGCGCAGCCCAAUGGAGUCGAGCAGCGAAGGGCUAUGAGCUGAAAAUCUUGUCGCGUUCCUCGGGAGUCAUCCAGCUUGAUGGUUUUGACCAGGAGGACUUCGAGCGAUUGAGCAAAGCAUUCAAGAUCUGGUAUGGUAUCAACAUGGAGAGCCGAGAGCACGCUCUUCGAGGAUGGAACUGGGGCAAGGCAGAGUUCACAAAAGCAGAACUAUCAUUCAACGUGCAGAACCGACCAGCAUUCGAAAUCCCCUACUCCGAGAUAUCGAACACGAACCUUGCCGGAAAGAACGAAGUCGCUGUCGAGUUUGCUCUUGGUGGCGAGGGCAAUGAGCCUGCCAAACCGGCUGGUAGCACGAAGAACCGUGGUCGCAAGGCCGCUUCGGGUCCGGACGAGCUUGUCGAGAUGCGAUUCUACAUCCCAGGAACGGCCGUGAAGACCGAGAAGGGUAUCAAGGAGGAAAACGCAGAAAACGCCGACGAAGAGAACGGAGCCGAGGAGGAAGAGGGCGAAGAGCAGAAUGCGGCGAACUUGUUCUACGAGAUGCUCAUGGACAAGGCGGAGAUUGGAGAUGUGGCUGGCGACACAUUCGCUACUUUCUUGGAUGUUCUGCAUCUUACACCCAGAGGUCGGUUCGAUAUCGACAUGUACGAAUCAUCCUUCCGUUUACGUGGUAAAACCUACGAUUACAAGAUUCAAUACGCUUCUAUCAAGAAGUUCUUCCUGCUUCCGAAGAACGAUGACACACAUACAUUGAUCGUUCUGGGACUUGAUCCCCCGCUACGACAGGGCCAGACUCGCUACCCAUUCUUGGUUAUGCAGUUGAAGUUGGACGAGGAGAUUAGCUUGGAGCUCAACAUGACGGAUGAACUUUUGGAAACUCGCUACAAAGACAAGUUGGAGCCCCGCUACGAGGAACCCAUCCACCAGGUGGUCACGAAGAUCUUCCGUGGCCUGUCAGGCAAGAAGGUCAUCAUGCCGUCGAAGGACUUUGUCAGCCAUCACGGUCACAGUGGAGUCAAGUGCUCCAUCAAGGCGAACGAGGGUCUCCUCUACUUCUUGGAUAAGAGCUUGAUUUUCGUCCCCAAGCCUGCCACUUACAUUCAGAUUGAGAACAUUGCGAUCAUUACCAUGUCUCGGGUGGGUGGUGCCAUUUCGGCCAGCAGAACGUUUGACAUCACAGUCAGCUUGAAGGCUGGCCUGGGAGAGCAUCAAUUCAGCAACAUCAACCGCGAGGAGCAACAACCACUCGAGGAAUUCUUCAAGGCGAAGAACAUCCGCUUUAAGAACGAAAUGUCCGACGAUGUAUCUCUUGACAAUGACGACAUGGGCUCCAGCGACGACGAGGGCGUCCGGGCUGAUCGUGGCUCCGCCGAUGAAGACGAAGAAUCCAUUGACGAGGACUUCGAGGCCGAGUCUGAUUCUGACGUCGCGGAAGAAUACGACUCCGCGCACGAGAGCAGCGGCAGUGCAAGUGACGCCGAGAUGGGGGAUGCAUCCGAUGGGGAAGACGAAGAUGAGGAUGAGCCAAUGUCAGAGGCGGAGGGAGCGCGGCCAAAGAAGAAGACGAAGGUUGGGAAAUAG